AGUAGACUCCACCUUUAUGUGGGAGCUGAUUCGGUGUUGGGGAGAUGACGUCACUAUCUGGUAAGCGUGUGUGUGUGUGUGUGUGUGUGUGUGUAUGAGAGAGAGAGAGAGAGAGAGAGAGAGAGAGAGAGAGAGAGAGACUCUACGUUUAUCUCCUUUCAUGUUGUAGUUUGUUAGAACUGAUGUGAGCACAAGAGGAGAGCAGUUUGUGUGUUCAGGGGGAUGUGACUACAUCUAUCACAGUCACUUCCUGUGUGCUGAUAUGUUUCUUUGUUGGAUGACAGAGCGUUGGCUGCCAUGGUGCCCAGAACCCUGCAGGAAUGUUGUUUGCUCUUGCUAACAAUACAAACACCCUGCCCCGCCCAAGUACUGCAAUCAGCCAAUCAGACUUCAUGGAAAACUCCUCCUCCUUCUCAUGGGGUGAGGACAGCAGCUCAUUGGUGCUCAGAACUCUCUGGGCAACGCCCACUGCACAGGUAACAGAGCAUGCAGUGGUGCAGGAAGUAGGGCAGGAUGUUGGUGGGCAUGUCCUGAGCAUGCCACUACAGGUGUUCUUCAGUGUGGUGAUGGUGUGUGUGUUGUUGUUGGCACUGUGUGGAAACGCGGUGGUGUGUGUGAUGGUUUACCGCCGUGCCGCCAUGCGCUCUGCCAUCAACUGUCUGUUAGCCAACCUCGCCUUCGCCGACAUGAUGCUGGCAGUCACAGCCAUGCCCUUUGACCUGGUUACCAUGGUGACAACACAAUGGCUGUUUAGUGCCACCUUCUGCCGGGCAUCAGCCAUGUUCUUGUGGCUGUGCAUGUCAGUGGGUGUGGCCAUGUUGUUAGCAAUCAGCAUGGAUCGUUUCCUGAUCAUCGUGCGGAGACAGGAUCGUCUCACCCCACACCGUGCCAAGAUCCUCAUUGCCACCUCUUGGAUCCUCGCUUUUUUCCUGGCUUUCCCAUUGUUACUAGGAUACCCGUCGCUGCAGGUACCCCCUAGUGCACUCCACUGCGUACUCAGCUACUCCCCUGACAGCAGUUACCAUGGAUACAUGGUAAUCCUGGCUCUGUUAACCUUCUUCAUGCCAUUCGCUGUGAUGUCAUGUGCAUUUGGUACAAUUCUGAGCUCUAUUAGGCACAAUGCGCUUCGGAUCCAUUGCAACUCUGCCCUCUCCCUGUCUAAACCCCGCUCCCUCCACCUGAGUGUGGAUGUGGGUUUUAAGACGCGAGCGUUCUUCACCAUCCUGCUGUUGUUUAUGUUAGCGUUUGCCUCAUUGGCACCCCUGGUGGUGUUCAGCCUGUGUGCAGCGUUCAGCGAUGCUGUGUAUAGCGGGGCAGGGUUUUUUCAGGUGAGUGCCUGGCUGCUGAUCCUCAGCUUCUUGCGCCCUGCUCUCAACCCACUCAUCUAUUACUGCCGCAUCAGGAAAUUUCGCCACGCCUUUUCCCGCUGGGUGCCUUCCCUCUGCAGGCUCUGCCCACCUCUGCUCAGCCAUGCUCAGCGAAGGAUCCAGCCCAGUGCUGUGUACUCAUGCAGUGAUCAUCGCUCCAGCAUUUAAUACACUCAUACAUAUACACAGACACAUACAAUAAACCUUUACUCUGAUUUGAUUGUAAAUUUAAAAAAACUGAGUGUUUGUCUGCAUUUUUCCUGAUCCUCUGCUCUGUGUGUGGGUGUGAUGAAUGUGUGUGUGUGUGUGUGUGUGUGUGUGUGUGAAGGGGGGUUCUGAUUAGUGUGGUUUUGUUUAUAUUAGAUUGUGUGUAAUUUAUGAAAGUAUAAAAUGAUGUACUGUUUGCUUAUUUUUUACCAGAAAAGAUUACAUAUAGAAAUUCAGUUUUGUGUGUUUGUGAUAACUUCACACAGUCUCUUCAUCUGAAUUUAUCUCACACACACUUCACACUUUUUUGUGUAUGCUGCUAAUUAAAGUGUAAAUAUUACCCACUGAAACUGAAUGCAGGAUAAUUAAAAUUCACAAUGAAAGCAGCUGACCAAUCGGUGUUGCAGAACUCUUUACCAGCUGCUUC